AUGCAGCCUGCACACAAACUCCCUCUGAGCCACAGGACGCCGUUUUCCGUGCGGGACAUCCUGGACCCGAGCAAGUUUACCGGGAGGAGAAGCUGCGCGGAGGAUGCAGAGGCAACAGGAGCUUUUCCUCCGAGACUUGAACCCAGAAAGGAGCGUCAUCCUCGUGCAGGCGGGAGCAGCGACUCUGAGGAGGACGAGGACGAGGUGGAGGAGGGAGGGGCUUCAUGUUCAGUGAAGUCAAAAGCAAAACGCCGUCGUAUCCGCACCGCCUUCACGCUGCAGCAGCUGCAGGUCCUCGAACGCAGCUUCCACAGGUGUCACUACCUGUCGGUGCUGGAGCGGCACGCCAUCGCCUCGGCGCUGCGCCUCUCAGAGACUCAGGUGAAGAUCUGGUUCCAGAACAGACGCACAAAGUGGAAGAAGGAGCGGCUGCAGGGGGCGGAGCCUGAGGAGGAGCAGAGCUUCUUCUCUCCUCCUCCUCGUCUGUGCUCCUCGCUCACCUUCAGUCCUCUCUUCUGCCAGCAGCGCGCUCCGCUCCACGUGUUCACGCCUCUGCCCAUGCUGCCGUAUCAGCGUUUUUACUCAUGAUGCAGAAUGACUGUAAACAUAGUGGACCAACGUGUGACACUGUGACCAUCAGAGAAGAUGCUUCAGAGACAAACAGGACUGAGAUCUAAAACAGAAAAUAUUUUCUUAUGUAAUAAUUUAUUUUGAUAAACGUUUUUUUUAAUGAAGACGUUCAUGUUUGUUCUUUAAUAUAUUGACCUUAUGUCCACUUUACCCGAGGCAACCGCACGUCUCUUUAAACUUCAGAGACAGAAAACAGCUCAGAAACAUUUUAAUAAUAAGCUGCUGAAAGC